AUGGAGAAGAUCUCGCUCGGCUACCACGCCGUCUACGUCCGAAAUUGGCGGGUGUCGGGGGCGAUUUGGGUGCUCUUUGCCCUGUGCUCGGCAGUGCUGCAAGUGCUAGUCCUCGUCCACCCCACGUGGAUCGAGUCGGAUGAGGGCGGAUACUUUGGCCUCUACGAUUACUGCCCAACCGACACGUGCACAUGGAAGAUUUUCCAGGUCCAACCCCUUUCCUGGUCGUUCCAGUUGGCGUCGGUGCUCGUAAUUGUAGCCACGAUUUGCUCCCUCCUCAUCGUGGUCGCCAUCCUGCUCCUCGUGCUGCUACGUGACCGGUUCGUGUUCCUGCUCUGCGCGUGGAUGCACAUGUUUUCCUUUAUGGCAAUGCUCUCCGCCUGCCUUCUUUAUCCGAAUGGCUGGGAUCAUCCACGAGUGCGGGAAACCUGCGAUUCAAAGAAGUACGACCUCGGACUCUGUCGGAUACGUUGGCCCUACUACGUCGCCCUUGAACUCGUCGUCGUGCAGCUGUCGAUGAGCAUUUUCGGCUUCGUGCUAGCUUGCAAGCAACCGUCCGUCUUCCCCGAAGUGUCCCCGUCUUACGCACAUUCACAAGUGACGACGCUUCCAAUACGCGUCUGCUACGACGUCGGAACGUACGGCACCCGAAGAGAAUCCAUCUCGUCUCGGAACUCUAAUUCGUCCCGGAUUAGACUC